AUGGUCUUGUAUUCAAACAAGCUAUCAUAUGUCUGGAAUGAUGAAGAUGUUUUUGGUUAUCUACUGCAAGUAAAUCAUGAGAAGUGUAGAAGUGUUCUACAUGUGGAGUUCAACAAAACGGUUCAAGAAGAGGAUGAUGAAGCUGAUGUCUAUGUCGGUCUAUCCGAUAGAGAGGCUACUGAUGGAGAGGCUACUGAUACAUGGGCUACUGAUAGAGAGGCUUGUGAAGCAGAUGGUGUGCUCACACUUUACGAUGACAUUGAAAUUCAUGGUAAUGUCACCGAAAGAGAUGCAAUUGUGAUUGAAGAUACAGAAGCAAGACCAUCAGUUGAAGUAACCCCAGCUGUCAAGGAACGGGAUGAUGGUAUGGAUUUGGCUGUAGGUCAAGAAUUUAGAACCAAGGAGGAAGCACAAGUUCAUAUUCAGACGGCUUCACAUCUGAAGUGUUUUGAGUAUGAUGUAAUUAAGUCGGACACUAAGAGAUAUGUGAUAAAAUGCCGAGCAGCCAAAGAAGGCUGCAAGUGGUAUGUGCGUGUUGCAAAGUUGAUGAAUUCAGAUAGUUGGACGGUUAGAAGUUACAUCAAACAGCAUAGAUGUUCUGUUGUUACUACAAGAACACUUCCUAAUAGAAGGGGAGGCACACCAGGAAUCGUUGCAGCUGUUUUGGCUCAAGAUUAUCCCGGUAGUUUAGACACACCAGCUCCCAACGCCUUGAUCCAGCUGGUUUAUCACAGGGUGGCUGUGAAAGUAUCAUACACAACGUCAUGGAGAGGAAAAAGAUUAGCUGCUAAUAAAGUGCGAGGAAGUCCAGAAGAGAGUUAUACUUUAUUAAAUUCUUAUAUGCACAUGCUAAAGCAGUCGAAUCCUGGCACAGUAGCUCGAGUGGUUGUGGAUGAGGCCCAAAAGUUUAAAUAUCUGUUUUUUGCUUUGGGAGCUAGCAUAAAAGGGUUUACCGCUAUGAGGAAAGUCCUCAUUGUCGAUGCAACACACCUGAAGAAUGUUUAUGGUGGAGUUCUAUUUGUUGCGACUGCUCAAGAUCCCGAUCAUCACCACUAUCCAAUUGCAUUUGGUAUUGCAGAUGGUGAGAAAGAGCAUAGUUGGGUGUGGUUUAUGGAACAGUUGAAAUCAGUGAUAUCUGAUGUUCCUGGAUUGGUGUUUCUUUCAGAUAGAAACAAAAGCUUGAUCAAGGCAAAUGUUAAAGUACAUGUCCGUAACAACAGAGAAACUUGCACGUUUAAGUUUAUGGGCUGCGCACACGCUUAUACAGAGGCUGAGUUCUUGAACCUUUAUAAUGCUUUUCGCAUGAGGUAUCCUAGCGCAGCGGAGUAUCUUGACAAAAGUGUUGAAGAGAGGAAAUGGGCGAGAUGUUACUUUGAAGGAGAUAGGUACAAUGUUGACACCACCAAUUCAGUGGAAUCUUUUAAUGGUGUUAUUAGUGACGCGAGAAAGUUAAACAUACUACCAAUGUGUGAUUUCAUCAUUGGGAAAAUGGCUGAAUGGUUCAACAUACAUAGGAAGGAGGCAGCUGAAAUACCACCCGCACUAAAGCUUGUUCCUAUUGUGGAAGCGGAAAUGUCUAAAAGAUGUGUUGAUGCAGGGUUUCUUUCUGUUGUCGAGUUAAACAGCUUCCAUCUUGAGUACAGUGUCUCAGGAAGUGACGGGAAGCAUUAUACCGUUGAUAUGGCUAUGAUGACUUGUAGCUGUGAGCAAUUUGAUAAAGACAAAUACCCAUGUGUCCAUGCAGUAGCUGCUGCCACAUUCAUGACUAAUAAAGCGGGAAAGGAACUUCAUCUAUCUGAGUAUUGUUCUAAGUACUAUUUAGUGGAGCAAUGGGCUUUGGCUUAUCACAGGACAAUAUAUCAUGUUCCUCAUAUGUCUGAUUGGAUUAUACCUGAAGAAGUUAAAGCAAUGAAAGUGCUUCCUCCAGAUUAUGAAGUCAAAAAAGGAAAACCGCAGCAAACUCGAUUUCCAUCGGCAGGAAAAUCUCGUGGAAGAGGAAAAAGAGGCAAAGGGAGAGCCAGCGGCACAGGUAGAGCCAGCGGCACAGGCACCGCUAACGGCACAGGCACCGCUAACGGCACAGGCAGUACCAGUGGCGCUGGCAGUUCCAGCAGCACAGGCAGAGCGAGAGGAGGAGGUAUGGGAGCGUAUUUUGAAUAUGGAAUUGGUGCAGGUCCAGGUGUUUGA